AUGGGCGCGGCGUCCCCGGCGAUGUGGGCCGGGCUGGUGCUGGUGGCGUUAUUGGCCGCAUCGGGGCCGGCGUCGUCGGCGGCGGGGCUGCCGAGGUUCGCCGAGGCGCCCGAGUACAGGAACGGGGAGGGGUGCCCGGCCCCGGUGGCGGGCGCGGGGGUCUGCGACCCGGGCCUGGUGCACAUCGCCAUGACGCUCGACGCGCACUACCUCAGGGGCUCCAUGGCGGCCAUCUACUCGCUGCUCAAGCACGCCUCCUGCCCGGAGUCGCUCUUCUUCCACUUCCUCGCCGCGGAGGGCGGCGGCGCGCCGCCCGUCGCCGACCUCCGGGCCGCCGUGGCCGCCUCCUUCCCGUCCCUGCGCUUCGAGAUCUACCCGUUCCGCGCCGACGCGGUCGCCGGGCUCAUCUCCGCGUCCGUGCGCGCCGCGCUCGAGGCGCCGCUCAACUACGCGCGGAACCACCUCGCCGACCUGCUCCCGCGCUGCGUGCUGCGCGCGAUAUACCUCGACUCCGACGUGCUCGCCGUCGACGACGUGCGGAGGCUCUGGGAGACGCGCCUGCCCGCCGCAGCGGUCGUCGCCGCGCCCGAGUACUGCCACGCCAACUUCUCCCGCUACUUCACCGAGGCCUUCUGGAACGACCCCGUCCUCGGCGCCAGAGUCUUUACCGGCCGCCGCCGCGCUCCCUGCUACUUCAACACCGGCGUCAUGGUCAUCGACCUCCGGAGAUGGCGCAUCGGCAACUACCGCCAGCGCAUCGAGCGCUGGAUGGAGAUGCAGAAGGAGAAAAGAAUCUACGAGCUUGGCUCCUUGCCCCCCUUCUUGCUCGUCUUCGCCGGCGAGAUAGAGGCCGUCGACCACCGGUGGAACCAGCACGGCUUGGGCGGCGACAACGUCUUCGGUAGCUGCCGCCCUCUCCAUUACGGGCCCGUCAGCCUCAUGCACUGGUCCGGGAAGGGCAAGCCAUGGGACCGUCUCGACGCCGGCAAGCCUUGCCCGCUCGACCACACCUGGAGGUCGUACGACCUCUACAUUGGCGAGAAUGAUUCAGCAUCAGCAUCAGGGCCGUCCCGGUCAGCCUUGUCAUCAUCGGCGGCAUGGUAG